GCUGUUACCUUAGCCUCUAGUUCUGUGCCACAGAAGAUGGAGCGUUCAGAGCCUUUCGGGGACACUGAAAAUGCAUCUGCCAACAGCACGCUGAAGGAGCUGGCACUUAAAUGGUUCAUGGAGACCCAGGCUCCCCUAAUCCUCCACAAUGGCAGUUUACCAGAGUGGUUCCGUGGCUCCAUUUCUAGAAAGCAAGCUGAAGAUCAGCUGAAAGACAAGCUGCUUGGAAAUUUCAUCAUCCGACUGAGUGAUCGGACAAUUGGAUACAUCCUGUCAUAUAAGGGUAAAGAUCGCUGCCGCCACUUUGUCAUCAACCAGAACAAGAAUGGACAUUUCAUCGUGUCUGGAGACACUGAGACACAUGAGACCCUACCUGCCUUGCUCGAAUUCUACAGGACAACAGCAAUUGAGCCAUUUGGAGAGUAUCUCACAAUGCCCUGCAGUCAGACCUCUGACAGCGAGAUCUAUGAUGAAAUUAAUCAUCGAGAGAGUAAAAAAGCCAUUGUCAGCGUAAAAGCAGCAAGAGACUUGUGGAAAGAGAAAUCUGACAUAGCUCCUAUUGGUAAAGUAGAAAAGGAAAUUUCAGAUAAAAAGAGUGUUGAUAUCAGGCCUCCAGCCUUGCCCCCAAAGUACAGCAGAGUACCUCAGAAUCUGACAUCAGGGUCAUCACAAGAUGCUAUGGACCCAACAUCUCAGGACCAUGGAAAAGAAGCAGUUCCUUCUCAGAGUAAGCAUGAUCCACCUUUUAAGAACCUCCCUGGACAAUCAUCUUUUGAAAGAAGAGCACUACCUCAGCCUACUCCAGCCACUCAAAUGGAGCCAUCUUCUCAGACUAUUACCCGUCCACAGCCCCAAAUAAACACAAGAGAUGGCAAUAAAGAGUAUACAGAAGAGAAGCCAUGUGAAUCUCCAUUGAAGAGCGUUACCUACUCUAUGACUAACAUGAGCACCAGAGUCACUGGUACAAUCUAUUCUGAACUGAACUUGGCGGAGCGUCGAAGCCAGUCUCUGACACUAAAGGAUGACAAUCUGAUUGAGCCACCAAACCUCAAGCUCAACACACCUCCAGGUACGUCCCUAAAAGCAGUCACAAAGAUGCCACCAGAAGAAGCAGCACCUUCGAAUUUUUACUCAGCCCUGAAGCCCACACCUCACUCAUCCCUCGACUAUGAUGUCAACCGAGAGGUGCCGCCAGCUUGGCAAGACCAUGAAGAGAACUGCUAUGAGCAUGUACCUUCAAGAGCCCUAUGGCCCCAGAAAAAAUGCCACUGGGAGGUCCCAAGACCACAGAUGCCACAACCUCAGCUGGAUAAUACAUAUGAUCAAGUUCCAGUACAGGUCCAGCCAAACAGGAUCUUCAGUGAAAAUACCUAUGAAUUGAUCAAAGACUCAUCAGUCAACAAGCAUCCAAAUGGGGCUUCUACAAAUAUGGAACACCCUGGAGCGCAGAAGAAAGACAAACUGAGAAGAUUCUUUCCUGACCGCAAGAACAAGUCAUAGAGACCUGAGGAGGAAGAAAAGCAAGCCGUGGAUAGGAGAAUGGCAGCAGCCUGUGGUUCAAUUCCAGCCUGAGAGCCGCAGUGCUUGCUGCAGUCAUUAUUUAUAUUACAAUACUUUGAAUGCAUUGUUAUUAAUGAUCUGCAUGCGUAGCAUAUGUACAUUAACAGGCACAGUCACACCACUGAUUUUUACAAUUUGCUGUGACUGUGCUCUGUUAAAGUUCUAUUAAAAUUCAAUUUAUACUGUAGGAGUGCAUUAAUAAUCUGGUAGGAAAAGCAUAUUUAUGACAGAGUAGUGCUUAUGACAAAAAAGUAAAAAGCAAACUGCUUUCAACUCUAAAUAUAA